AUGUCUGAAGCACCCGAAGACAUUGUCGAACACGCCUAUGAUCACAUUGCGCAAUGGUAUCUGGAAUGGGUUGAAAGCGACAUGUCACCACGCCAAAGAUACACAAAGAAACUCAUGGACAGAUUACCGCCCUCACCAUCCGUUCUAGAGCUUGGCUGCGGCCCUGGUGUCCCGGUAUUGAAUAUGCUGGUCGAUCGUGGAGCCCACGUCACAGCAAACGACAUAUCUGCCAAGCAGAUUGAAAUGGCUAAAGCUCGUUGCCCGCAUGUAAAGUUCGUCGCUGGUAACAUGGCCACACUCACGUUCGAACCUGAGAGCUUCCAUGGCGCGCUCAGCUUCUACACCUUGUUCCACCUCCCCCGCUCCCAACUUAAGGAUCUACUCGCAAAGAUCUACAGAUGGAUCAAGCCUGGAGGUCUGUUCGUUUUCAACCUUGCAGGCAUCGACGAAGAAGAAAUUCAUGGCGAGAUGAUGGGUUAUGGGAUGUUUUGGAGCAGCUAUGGAAUACAAGAGAAUUGCGAAAUUUUGGAAAGUAUAGGCUUCGAACUGUUAGAGGCUGAGAAGGUGAAGGCAGGUGAUGGCAAGCUGGAAGAACAUGAGCCCGAUUACGAGUCUGAGUUUGUUUGGGUGAUGGCGCGAAAGCCGGAUGCCCACGAAGGAGAGAAAUCAGAGGGCUGA